AUUAAACGAGGAAGCUAAAUGUCAUUCUUAUCCCCACACUUACGUGUUUUCAUUUCCUAAUUUUCAUGCACUAAAAUCUCUCUCCCACUUCACUCUUCAAACAACUCUGUUUUUCUCUCUUCUCACAAGAAAAAUACCCCCGUCCGAAACAAACUUUGGAGUUCAACCUUAAUAAUUCUUCAUGGCGAGUGAAGCUGAGAUCAAAUAUGAUGAGGAAUACGUUUGGAAUUCUCGAGGCUUGAAGCUUUUUGCAUGCCGAUGGCUUCCAGCGAAUGGAAGUCCAAAAGCGUUAAUCUUCCUCUGCCAUGGCUACGCCAUGGAAUGCAGCAUCACCAUGAAAAGCACAGCAACAAGGCUCGCAAAAGCGGGUUAUGCAGUGUAUGGGAUUGAUUACGAAGGGCAUGGAAAAUCAGAAGGGGUUCCAGGCCUUGUUAUGAAUUUUGAUUUUGUAAUCGACGAUUGCUCCGAACAUUUCACCACAAUUUGUGAGAAAGCAGAGAACAAGAAAAAGAUGAGGUACUUGAUGGGGGAAUCCAUGGGAGGAGCUGUGGCUCUACUUUUGCACAGGAAAAAGCCACAAUACUGGGAUGGGGCAAUUUUGGUUGCACCCAUGUGCAAGAUUUCAGAAGAAAUGAGACCCAACACAGUGGUGGUUAGUGUAUUGAGUGCACUCAGCAAAGUUGUUCCCUCGUGGAGAAUAGUUCCCAUCCCAGAUAUCAUUGAUGUCGCCUUUAAAGUGCCUGAAGUCAGAGAAGAGAUUAGAGCCAACCAAUAUUGCUACAAAGGAAACCCUCGUUUGAGAACAGCCUACGAACUUAUGAGGGUCAGUACAGAAAUUGAGCAAAGUCUGCAUGAGGUAUCACUACCUUUUCUAGUUUUACAUGGUGAGGAAGAUCAAGUGACUGAUAAAGCAGUUAGCAAACAACUAUAUGAUGUGGCGGCAAGCUCAGAUAAGACACUAAAGUUUUAUCCAAAGAUGUGGCACGGUCUAUUGUAUGGAGAGCCACCAGAAAAUUUGCAGAUUGUAUUCUCGGAUAUUAUUGGUUGGAUAGAGCAGAAAACUCACCAUGGAAAUUCAAGAUUGGAGAGAGAGCUAAAAGAAGAACACGAACAUUUGGUCAAGUCUGAUCUCUAGCCACUUGCUUUUCUCCACCAAAGAAAUUUGUCUUCCUUGGAGGUUUUUGGAAAAACAAGUGGAAGAAUAAAUAGGCCUAGUCAGUGUGCACGACAUGACGACAUGGACUGGUAAGGUUGUUAUAUAACCUCGUCUCGUGUAUGUCCCGAAACCCAAUUUCGUUUACUCUCCAAGUUCUGAACAAAUAACUUAAAAGUAUUUUUUUUCUUCUAUGCCCAUUAAAGCCCGUGUACAGUUGAAGUCAAUUUAUAAAGGAACACCUGCUUUGGUUAUAUUAUUGGCUCAAUUUCUUAUUUGACUUGUUAAUAAUACCUAAUAUGUGUAAUUGGUGAAUUGUUGUAUGAUUCAA